AUGGGAAAAGUUCCUCACUUUGAUGGGAGUGACUGUGCUCGUUGGAGCGAUGAUAUGAAAAUGUACUUAUAUGGUCUUCAUCCAUCUCUUUGGACUAUUGUGGCUGUAGGUGUGGAUAUCAACGCCAACCCCCCUCACACAAAAGAGCAAGAACACGACUUCUUCCGAAAUGCUCAAGCUGUGAUGGUUUUUCGAAGCUCUCUAAGCUCCUAUGAAUACAACAAGAUAAGAGGGCUUGAAAUUGCAAAGGACAUUUGGGACACACUCCAAUUGUCUCAUGAAGGAACGGAUGUGGUUAAGGAAGGAAAGAUGGAUGUUCUUCAAGGGGAACUUGAAUCCUUUGUCAUGAAGAAGGAUGAGAGUCUUAAAGAAAUGCAUGAUCGCUUGAAGCUUCUUGUGACCGAGAUAAGGAUGCUUGGUAGUAAGGAUUGGGAUGAGCACAAAGUCACCAAGAAAAUGCUUAGAGCAUAUGCUCCUAAGAAUCCAAUGCUUGCAACCAUGAUUAGAGACAAAAGAAAGUUUAAGCAUAUGCUACCCAUGGAGUUGUUCAACAAGUUGCAAUUCCAUGAGAUGAACAAUUUGGAUGUGUCCAAGUCUAUUGAACAAAGUGAAGUCAAAACAAUUGCUCUAAAGGCCAAACCAAGCAAGAAGAAUGAGUCAAAAGAGAAGACCUCAAAGUCUAAAAAGAAGGAAGACUCAAGUGACAAUGAUAGCACCGACGAAGAGACCGCCAUGAUGGUGAAGAACUUCAAGAAGUUCAUGAAGAGAAGAGGUGACAAGAAGCCGGAGGACAAUAAAUCAAAGGACAAGUACAAUGAUAAAGAGAAGAAGUACAAGGAGAAGAGCAAGGAAUACAAGAAGAAACAUGGCAAUGCCCAUGUUGGUGAAGGUUGGGAGUCAAGUGAUGAUUCCGAUAAAGAAGAAAUAGCAACUCUUGCUAUUCAAGCCCCUACACCAACUCAAAGACUCUUCAACAACUACUCCGAAAGUGAUGAUGAAUUUGCCAUUUUCCUUAUGGCUCAAGGGACCAAGCUAGAAGAAAAGAUCAAAGCGAAAGAUGCUCAAAUUAAGGAUUUGAACAAGUUGGUUGACAUGAGUAAAGCCAAAGGUAAGAGUGUAUUCGAGUCACAUCCGGCAUAUAAGGCCGAGAGAUAUCCUAGUAUUAAGGAUGGACUCGGAUUCACACGAGGUGGAAGAUCAAAUCGCACGAGGAAAAUAAAUGGAUAUGAGGUGCCCUUGUUCAAGAGAGGCACCAAUCUUGGAGAGUUGAUGAACAUUGCUCAUGGUACAUCAAGGGUGAACAACGUUGAAGCAAAGCCCUUGGUUAAGAUUCUUAGCAAGGUUACCAAGGACUCAACCAAUCUCAAGGAAAAAGAGAAGAUCAUUGAGCACAAACCAUCUUCUAACUACACAAUUGAUUACACGGUCAUGUGGGAUCAAAAUAGGAAGACGGUGGUCAAGUAUGUUGGCGCUCAUGCUAAGAAAAUGAUGAGAAGUGUUUGGGUGCCCAAGAUGUCUCGAUCUAACCCUCAAGGAUCCAACCUUAUUUGGGUACCUAAAAUCAAGAUUUGA